AUGGAUUUUGUUAAAAGAGAAGAUCAGAAUAUCCUCGACGAAGAAAGUUAUAAGGCUUAUUUAGACAGCUUUCAGAAAACGCAUCCGAUGGACGUCAGUGAGUACCACACGCAAAUAUCAAUGGAGCAGUUACAUCAAGCAAUGCAAUCAUCCCUAAACGCGAGUACGAUCGCACACAACCUCCAACUGCCUCUCUCACCAAGACAGAUGUCCACCCUGAUGCUCAAAUCGAACCACUUAAGCAGGAGUUUAAGUUUCAACGACCUCCCUGCCCAUUUGCCACGUAACCUAACCUCUGACAUGGAUUUAGCACAGAAUCUGGCCAACGAUUUGCCUCAAGCUCUUGGCCGGCACGAAGACUUACUUCUUAAUGGUAACUUAGCUCGCAAUCUUGAAUUGAGGGCGUUAAGCAACGAUUUGGAGUUGCAGUCCAGUUUAACACAGUCGUUAGUCCAAAGUUUAAACGAACACGACUUGGCCAGGAAUAUGAGCGCGGACUUGGGAAGGAUCAGUGACGCGAUGUCUCAGAAUAUUGGCCGUGGUGAUCCAAACUUACCUCAUGACUUAGGCCAUGAAAUCGAUCUAUCCCAUCACCUGAAUCGUCAGAACAUAGAACAAGAAGUGUUGUUAAAUCAAGAGGAAUCGAGAAGGACUCCGUUAAUACAAUCGGUUCAAGACGGUCAUUUACUCGAGCAAAGUUUAGUGCAUAGGUUAGAGCAAAACUUGGCGCAAAGGUUGGACCAAACGAUGGGACAACGGUUGGAACAAAGGCUGGGCUUAAAUUUGCACGAGCCGAAUCAGCGACAAAUCGAACAGGACGAGCAUUUGCUACCCAUGCCGUUUCAUAUUAAAUCUGAGCAAGAAGACGAUGGAUACUUCUAUGAUAGUAUAAACCAGGGAAUAAACAGUAACGCAUUGAACGGUCACAUUCCAUCGCACACGGAUACCCCAUCAAACAACACUGGAGCUCUACCUCAAGACCAUAUCAUGUACAAUCAUAUACCCAUUUCCGCGUUAAACACGAUUGACCACCUAUACACACGCCCCCAAAACUAUAUACAAAAUUACGUAACGAACAAUGUUAAUCGAGACGAUCCUCAGAAUCUAGUCGUUUAUAGACAGUUUAAUAACUGUAGCCCUUAUAACGCGGAAGAAUUAAAAAAAUCAAAGGAGGACGACGUUGGCGGGAAAAUUGACAGCUCUAAAAACGAAGACCCAAAAGAGAAUUUAAAACCAACGGAUCAGAAUAAAAUGUUUUACGCGGAUUACAAUCCAAACGCUUUAGCAAAUAACGCGGAAAAAAAUGAAAACGAGUCCAGUGCCCAUGUUGGCAAGAUGCGUUUGGAAGACGUGUCUAUGAAUAUAAGAGGCGUAUACGCAUGUUACAAAUGUAACGACAAUUUCUCGUCAAAGCGCGGCUUGAAGCAGCACGUCAAAACUUGCGUAGAAAAUGGUGAAAUGAAUGAUUUGAUAGAAAAACUUGGCAAAUUCAGUUGUUCGCAAUGCGCAUACCGGUGUCAGUCCCCCGCCAUUUUGAAGAUUCACGAACGUACGCAUACCGGCGAGAAACCUUAUUCUUGCACGUUCUGCGACUACAAAUCGGGUCAAAAGAAUAACGUGGCUAAGCAUAUACUAGUUCAUAUGAAAGAAAAACCGUUUAGGUGUCAAUAUUGUGAUUACAGGUGCGCGCAAAAGAAUAAUUUAGUCGUUCAUGAACGAACGCACACCGGUUAUAAACCGUUCGCUUGUCCAUAUUGUGAAUAUAGGACGGUGCAGAAACCAAAUUUAGUCAAACAUAUGUACCUGCAUACGGACCAAAAGCCGUUCAGUUGUGAUAUGUGCAGUUAUCGUUGUGUCCAGAAAACUAACCUAACUAAACACAAACAGAGGCAUUUGAACGAUAAAGACGGUGACAAAGUUGAUUGUAAAGGUCAGGUGAAACCGUACAGGCCCCGUCAGAAGUCAGUGAAGUGUCCGCACUGUACGUACAGAUGCGUUCAGAAGUCCAGUCUGGAGAAGCAUUUACAAUUCAAACAUUGCGAACUAAACGCUGAAUAUCUUCCUGAAUAUAACCAAGGUUUGAAUCUUAUGAAAUGUGAGGACAAAUGUGAGACAAUACAAAACUUAAGUGUGAAAAAAGACGAUCCUGUAUAUGUGGAACAGACAUGCCACGAUAAAAUACUGGAGCCAUUGCCAAUUCAGUCAUAG